AUGUGGGCGCGCGCGGUUGUGGCCUGUGCGGCGCUGUGCGCAUGCGCGCGCGCUUGGCCCGGCGGGUCCGUGUGCGCGCGGGAGGCGGCGGGCGCGGGCGGCGCGCGGUACGUGGCGUUCCUGAGCGCCGGCUCCGCGCUGGUCGAGAGCGUCUGGGCUGCCCCCGGCCGCCUCCGCGCCUGCUGGGCCCGCCGCGAUCCGCGCCUCGCCCGCGCCUUCCGUGCCGCCUGCGCGCAACGCCCGCCUGCCGCGCCCGGGGCUGCGCUGCGCGGGGCCCUGUCCGCGCUGUGGCGGCGUCGUGCCGCCUGCACCGACCCCGUGCCGCCGGGACCGCAACGCCGCCGCCGCCGGGGCUGGACGCUGCCAGGAACGCUGUGGUGCGGCGCGGGGAACUCGGCGGGGAACUGGAGCGAGCUGGGGCUCUUCCGCGGCCCCGACCGGUGCUGUCGGGAGCAUGACCAGUGCUGGGCGCAGAUCACGGCGCUGCAGUUCAAUUACGGCAUCCGCAACUAUCGCCUGCACACCGUGUCCCACUGCGAUUGCGACACCAGGUUCCGGCAGUGCCUGCUGGCCAUCAACGACACCGUUUCCAACAUCAUCGGCGUCACGUUCUUCAACCUGUUGGAGGUGCCGUGCUUUGUGCUGGAAGAGAGCGAGGAGUGCAUCCAGUGGCACUGGUGGGGCGGAUGUGAGCGUUAUGGAGUAGUGCCUCUGGCCAGGAUGGUGCAGCAGAAUCAGUACCACCCCAGUCUACCAGCAGAGGAGAGGGGCAGCCCCACUGUGCAGCCCCCGGGCAAGGCAAGGUAUUUCUCUAGAACAGGGCGUAAGCGGUUUCGACAGGAACUGAGGGCAAAGUCUGGGCGCCGCCAGGCACGGAGACCUAAGACAGCCCAGCAGCCACAGGGCCCAGGUACCCCUGCAUUGGCCGGGGACAAGGCUGAGCUCACAACCAGGCACCCAGCAGUGCGGUGGGGGCUAGAGCCUGGCCGUGCAACAGCAUCCACAGUGUCAGGACAGAAUUUGCUUGGACCAGAGCAAGGAGCUGGAAUCUCAGCACGUCCUCGGUGUGGCAGCCUUGGACCCAGCCCAGCCACAGCGCAGCGUGGAGCCACCCCCGUACCAGCUGUGAAGGGGCGCAGGCAGCAGGGUGAGCUGGUGCUGUGGGCAGCAUGUGCACACCGCAGCUGGGGUGGCCCAAGGCCUCAGGCUGGUGGGGUCAUGUGCUGGGGGUGCCCAUUACCUCCCCACUGUCCUCAGGCCCGGGCAGGGGGUGCAGGUGCAGCAAGCACCUGCGUAAGUGUGAGCACCAGAUUGCACCCCAUGAGGUGAGGUACCAGCUGCACAACGUGGACAGCCGGACACUCUUCCACUGCAACUGCACACGCAGGUGCGAGUCCAGGAGGAAAAGGCCACUGUGUGCAUACAGUUGGGGAUCAGAGGAGGUGGGAUGCUUGCCCUGGCCAGCACCUGGUGACAUGUGCCCUCCUGUGCCUGCAGGCUGGCACGGUGCCUCCACAGGGCAAGGGACUGCAGCGCCAUGGACGUGGCUGUCCUGGCUGACCGCAUCACCAUGGACUGCUUUGUGCUAGAACUGCCUGCUGCCUGCAGCCCAGGCAGGGCGUCACAGCACAGGUACGUGGGGAAGAGGCCAGGGCCUGGGUGGGGCAGGAAACCAGUAGUGCAAGCAUUGGCCCCUGCUAUGCUGUGCCACAACCAGGCUGCAGGGCAGGGGCAGUGGCUGUUGGUGCUGCAGGGUUAGAGCGAUGCUCACAGCUUUGCUUUUCCAGCAGCUGUACCACGAUGACCAGGGCUGUGCUUGUACCGGCACAGCAGCUCAAAAAGAUUCUAAGACGCUGGGGC